AUGGGGCGGCCGCCUCUCGGGGGAGGCCCCGUAUUCCGUUUCACGCCAAGCGAGGUACACCAUUCCGGACGAAGAAGAUUGAAAUUUAAUGGGAUGGCUAGGGUUUCAUUUUUGUCUUCCGUAGUCUCGACCUCUGCUACGAGUUCUUUCUCAUUCUGCGAGUGUCUGCCUCUUCGCACGCCUGGCUGGAUUCCCCAAUCCCCAAAAUACGCGAGGACAACCGGAGUUUGUGUUUCGACGUCGUCGCCGCAUACCAGUUCAAUGUGUCCACUGGUAUUCUACUCGGCGGUUGGGGGGGGGGGUGUGGUUGUGGCUGUCGAUUAGGGCACGGCGCCAUAAUCUUGUACUAGAGAAAUCUGGAUUAUAGCUUGAGCUCGGUAACCAGGGAACCCUAUAAUGCAUUGGCUGGAAUCCUAAUCGGUUUUCCGUCGCCACUCCGUAUCGGUCUACACUUCGUCGUUAUUUAGCACCAAUCUUUUUUCAUUUGUCCAGGUGAUGGAGAUGGAAGCCUGCUUGCAAGUGUCCAACAAUGUAAUACCUGAUCGAGGACUCAUCAGCUCCCUCGCAGAGAAGUUCAGGUGCGUCUCUUGCGUGUUCAAGUCGUAUAACAUUGGCGCUGCUAGCCACAAAGGCCGGUGUUCAUACAAUCUUUUACCCAUGCUCUUGUAAAUCACUGAUAGAGUCAUGUUUGCAUUUUAUUUGCCUGAAGUGCCUCGGCUGAGAGAAGUGGGAAGGUGGUCGUACAACCUAAGCAGGUGAGAAUAGCGUCUCCGCUCGUCUUGAAAUGCGGGAUUCAUCCGCCGGGGAGCUUUUCUUCAUCAACCACAUUGGAUGUUUUCAGGUGUGGAACUGGUUCCAGAAUAGAAGGUAUGCUCAACGGGCAAAGGUGGUUAAGGCUCCGGGCAAACUGAAUGUUACGCCAGCAGCUCGGGAUGAACCUAUUCAAAUCAGAAAUGUAGCUUCUCCGGCUCCUUCUGCUCAAGGUUGGAACUCCUCUUGGGAAGCAUGUUCUGUUACCCAGUUGAGACUAGUUUUUGGGCCUAUCCGAAUUAGUAAGAGGAUGUAACCGCCGCUUCAUAAACCAAAACCGUGCAUGCGUGUUUAUCACAUGAAUUAAGAUGCUGUCUACGUUGGAAAUGAGCAAUAUCCACAGAAAGUCACAAUUUUAAAUCUGAAUCUUUGAAAAAGGAGCUAACAGCAGAAGUUGUCAUUUCUCCCUAUACUGUGAAUCUGAAUCUAGCCUAUGAAAGCAAUAUCUGACUAGAAUGUAAACCAGAUGCUCAGUCAAUGAUUCAUCCACCAAUGAUUCUGCUUUUUGACUGCCCCUGCUUCAGCGAUCUUAUUUCUCAUAAGUCAAAAUGUUGUCAAGUGUCGCUUAUAGACUCGUCUGCUGGCGUUGUCUUGUCAACCCUUAGUUUGUUAUCUAUUUAAGCUAUGCUGAAGCUGAUUUUAUCUCUUAAGUUGACUAAGUACUGCUGCAUUUUAUCCAAAUCAAUGAUAGUUUUUUCUGUGUUGCAUUUCAACACAUUUGUCCUACAUUUUUGAUCCCGUGCAUUCUACAGGUUAAUUGCAUUAGAUCUAUUGACAAUGCUGAUUUAUUUAUUGCUUCACAUUUGCAGCGAAGAAAUCUUCAGACAACUAAUGGGAAUUCUGAUUUGUUAAUUCCUUUAACUAUGCAGCAAAGAAUUCUUUAGACGGCAAUCAGAUGGAGUUUGAAGCCAAAUCAGCUAGAGAUGGUGCAUGGUUAGUGCUUCCCAUUAGUUUUCCUUUGUUUGUUACUUGGAGUAACUUAUAAUGCAGCAGUAUUGCUAAAAUCUCUUACCCUUCAUGUGUGAAACAUUGUUUUUGACUUGAGCACUUAACUGUGGCAUGAUGUGAGCAUAUUAGUUCUUUUUUAUUCUGUUUGUCUGAUUUCGGCAACGUUUGUCUGAUCUCACUGAAGACGAGUUCAUAGAAUCACUUUGCUCUCUGAUUAUUGCCCUUUGGUGCGAUCCUACAUGACUCAGGGUUUUAUCCUGGGUUCUUCUUGCAUUGGGUUGGAUCUAGCAUGGCAGAGAAGAAUUCUGUACCAAAAAAUUCUUUUAAUUUAAUAAAAUAUAGAAGGUGGACAGACCUUAUGAAUGUGGAAUUGUGGGCGAUGCAUAGUGUCAAUCUUGUAGAUUUCUGUAAACAGAAUAAAAAAUGUUGUUGGGCCGAAAUAGGAUCGCACGUUAAUUAUCUUGUUGUUAUCGGACUUCAGACGGUCGUCGGUUCGAUUAAAUGCCAAUAAAUAUUAUGCAUGGAAUCCUCCCUAGAAAAAGUUUAUCUGGAGCAAUGGUCCCCUGGAGCUGUCAAAAAUUGAUAAGACGGCUUUUGUUUUAGCUUGAGGUGCCAUUGGAACAUAAAUAAUUGACGGACUUUGUGGAGACCCACUCUGCAAGUUGACUUUAUUUAUGGUGACCAAUUAUUCGUUGGUAAUAUGUAUAGAGAGAGCAUGGCAUGCAUCAGCUUGAAUCUUUAGAAACCCACUGGCAUAAAAAGCAACCUAUGGUCGCUCUAGUCAGAGUGGGCCCUCUAUUCGUCAGCUUAUUUCGUGCAGAAUUUUUGUAUUCAUGUACAAUUUCGCGAUUUCUUCUUUUGGCAAUAUAGACCCUUGCAUCUGGUGAUGGGAUUACGUUUAUUCAACCUUUGAUUGUGCUGUGUUUUUAUUUUCAGGUAUGAUGUUGCACAGUUUAUUUCCCACAGAAUGUUUGAGACUGGUGAUCCGGUAAUUUUUCCUAAAUUUCUUCUGGUGCAUAAAACUUCUAGGUGCGAUGAAAUACAAGGCAUUUUCUAGCGCAUCAAAUUCAAUGCAUUUUAACUGAUUCAAGAAGUUAUUCCAUAUGGUUCGUAAGGAAGGUAUCAUACAUUAUCUGAUUUCGUUCGUAGGAUUUACACAAGAUCAUCUCCUCAAUCGUCAGUGUGAAGUAAAUGUAACAUGUAGGCAGUGGGUUCCCGUCGUAAUUAUGUUUAGAAGGGAAAACGAUUUGAGUUUAAUUUCUGUACGAUGAGUAGGAUCAUUUUUCUGCAUGAAUGGCUAGGUUAGACAUGAAUAUCUAGCGAUCAUUUUUUAAAAGUACUAUUUUUCAUUUCAGGAAGUUCUUGUUCGUUUUUCUGGUUUUGGCAUAGAGGAAGAUGAGUGGGUUAAUGUGCGCAAGUGUGUUCGGCAGCGGUCUCUUCCAUGUGAAGCUUCUGAGUGCGUCGUCGUGCUUCCUGGAGAUCUCAUACUCUGUUUCCAGGUGCUUACAUCUUCUACGAGUCAUGCUUUGGAUUGUACUUGGUUUUAAGCCUUUCUCUUGGAGAUUCAUUCCCUUGGCUCAACAAGGCACCUUCUCAACUGCCUCUUCAUGAUGCGAUUUUCAAUAUAUUGGCUCAGCAUCGUGCGUGCCAUCAGCAUCGUGGUUGCCUUACGGAGCUGUGCUGAUCCAAUAUUUUUUUCCAUCAUCGGAGAGCUUCCAUUUAUUUCUGUCAUGCGGAGCAGCGUCUUUUGGCUGUUUUUACGUAUUCUCCAAAUGCUCGUGUGUCUAUGUCCGAGUUCUCGUGCAUACAUAUCCUCGUAGAGCUAGGUUCUCGUCCGCGAAUAUGUUUCCUAGUAUGUAGGCGUUUUGAUUCUUAUACUUGGUUUUUAUCCUCGUUCAGACAGAGCAAUAUAGAUGGAACUCUGCGAGGCUGCGGUGUUUGUUUCUUUGAUUGAUAAGCGUGCACUUGUCAGUCAGUCAAUCGAUAAUCGUAGUCAGCUCUCACGGGUUAGACCAAUGGGGGACCGUGCUGGCCCGAGAGCUGACCAUCAAACUUUGCCAGAGUCAAUGGGACUAUGUGUAGAUAUCAUUUUUUGCGGCUUUGUUCUCUGUAAUGAAUAAUGGCUUUUCUUUUGACUUUACUCACCAUGAUAUAAAACCCUUGAACUUCGGUUUAAAUUGCCACUUUUCUUCCACCAUCAUCCUCUACCUUCCUGUGUCUGUCUGUGCACUCCGUUUUACUCGCCAACGAUGCUGACCCGCCAUGGAUGCCGCUACCAGGAAGGAAAAGAGCAGGCCCUCUACUUCGAUGCGCACGUCCUGGAUGCUCAGAGGCGGAGACACGACGCCCGCGGAUGCCGCUGCAGGUUUCUGGUUCGCUACGAUCACGACCAAUCCGAGGUGAGUCCUCAUCUCAGAGCCUUCCUUCGUUUCUCUCUGCGUGUGGAUUAUUCUGUCGCCGUGUCUGGUUGUGUGAAUGGCGAGAGCCCCUCUCCGCUGCAGGAGAUAGUGCCCCUGAGGAAGGUCUGCCGGCGGCCGGAGACGGAGUACCGGCUGAGAAUCCUGCAGGCCACCAAGGCCCACCAGGCCUCCUCCCCGGAGGCAGCGGCCGCCGCUGCAUCCCAAGCGCAGCCGCAGAAGCUGCAGAGGCCGACGGAGGCCGACUCUGCGGAGGCGACCGCGCCGAGGGAUGCUGCCGCGGCAGAGGAGGCCGGCGGACCCCCUGCCGCCGCUGGGGAUAGCAACGCCGAGCCGGUUCCAGAUGUCGAACACCUCGGUGGCAGCGGCGAGAUCCCUCCAGCUGCGAAAACAGUGGCUGAGUGA